GGAAGAAGACAUCGUCCGUCCAGUUGCUCUCUGAGAUGUAAACUUAAAUAUAUACGUCUGACUUUGAUCGAGUUAUUUUUUUUCUUAUUUUUCCCGCACUGUAAAUAAAACGAAUUGAUUAUUAAAACGAUGGACGGAUGUGUUUCACAGUUACCUGGUUCUUCUCUUCCUCUCUCCUGUCUGCGGCUGCUGGUCUCCCCAAUUCGCCUGGUUUCUGCUGCCAUCUGGCAGACUGUUGUGGAGAAAAUCGUGUUGGAUUAUGGGCUGCUGGAGGAGUUUGUCUUCAUGGUCACAGAGAUCAUUCCUCAACUCUUAUCUGUGAGGCAGAGGGCUGAGCUCGUUUUGGGCCUCAGAGCGCGGCUGAUCCUGGAGCUGUGUCGUUCUGAGGACACCGCCAACCUCCAGAUUAUUCAACCUCAUCUUGAUCGAUUGCAGAGCCUCAGAGCUCUGUGGAACGUGGAGACUGAUGCAGAUCAAGAAGCAUCUGACUCACAUUUUUUGAACCUUGUACAAACUCUGCUGAGAGAUCCCGAAGAGAGAAAAAACUUUUUCCAGGAUGUUUUCCCAGCAGACUUUGGCCCCACAUAUGACAAAGCCAUCCAGACACUGAUGUGGCUGUUUCUGUCCAGACUAGAAAAGGUGUUUCCCACCCAAACUCUCCAUCAGGUUGCCUCUCUGCUCAGUGACGCCUCGUCUGUUCUGAAUGAAUACAUGGAGACUGUGGCUCAACCCGACGAGCUCAAAAUGCUGCUGGACUCUCCAAGGGUCGUGGGCCAGCUGGAGGAUGCCGAUUCGUACAUUGUUGAGAGUGGCAUCCUGUCGGCCCUCUGUCUCCCUCCUGUGGAAAGAGUUGUGAUCGUCGGCGAACAAACUGACACUGACAGUGGCCUCAUGUAUGCAAUCUGCACAGAAAUGGAGGUGGAGUCUGAGAACAAAGAAAUGUUCGUGAAGGUGCCCGGAAAGUCUGAGGAAUGUGCACAAAACCAGCAGUUUAGUCUGGGCAGCGACAUAAAAUCAGAAGUUGAUGCUGUGAUUGUGACAUCGACCACUGAAGGUGCUGAGGCCAGUGAGGGUGAAGUGGCAGACAGUCACCACCACGAAAGCGCUGGGAUGAUGCUUAUUGGACAGGACGGCCAGGUGACCAAUAUCGACGGGGUGGCGAUCAAGCCAAAGAAACGUGGCAGGAAAAGGAAACAACCCAUGAAUGAAGAUUUUCACAUGCAAAGCAGAGUGAGGGGCCGGCAUGCCGCUUCAGAGUACGGCCUCCUGCAGGGCAGACCGGUGCGAAAGAACCGGGGUCUCAAGAUGAAGCGAUACCUGUCGCAGUGGCGGAAGUCAGUGAAGAUGCAGGGUGGUGGUAGCGGUAGCAGCGGCCCCAAAAGGUUUCUCAGGUCACAGAGUUCCACCAGCAAUGACGUCGAAGCCAGAACAUGUAAAGAGUGUGGCACGGUGGUGAGCGAUGCUGAUUUCCUGCUGCAGCACAUGACACAGCAUUCAGUCCAGCUGCCCUACCAGUGUCCGGAGUGUCUGCGGUUCUACAAGAGCCUGCGCUCCUUAAGACAACACAAAUGUCCGUUGCAGAAUCUGGAGAAGGCAACAAGCGACAAGGAAGCAAAGGAGCACGAGUUGACAUCAGCGGAGGGUGACUUAUCUUCCGGUGAGAUUGCUGAUGAGGCAGCCAAUGAAGAGAUGCCGUUAGAUGACAGUGCAGAGGACCCAGAUUACACCUCUGCAGAUAAAGGAUCUUCAAAAGACUCUGAACAGCUGAGCCCUGAAGGCAACAAGGGUUUGCUGGAUGGUCCCUUCUACUGUCCUCACUGCAGCGUCGAGUUCAAGUGCAAACAGACUUUUCGGUAUCACUUGAGGAACAUUUGUUACAAUGAGCAGCAGGUUGAUCCAGAGAAACCGGAGGAUGUCAAGCACUGUUUCAAGUGCGACGAAUGCGACAAGGCCUUCAAGUACAAGUCAACGUUGGAGUCCCACAAACAAACGCACAACCCGCUGUACUGUGAGGUGUGUAUGAAACUGGUCCGUGACUCCGAAGCGUUGGCGAUGCAUAAGGAGUCGCACACGCCCUUUCAGUGCAACCGUUGCGAGCAGAAUUUCCCCGUGUUUAGAUCUCUUCACAAGCACUAUCUCGACGUUCAUAAUCCCACCGAGCCGUUCAUCUGCACUUACUGUAAAAUGGUUUUUCACAGUUUGAAGCGUUUCAUUAGACACGAGUGGAAACACACCGGCUACCAGCCCUUUCAGUGCAUUCAUUGCUCCAAGAGGUUCAGGUCGUACUCUGAUCUGGUGGAGCAUCAGAAAAAGCACACUAAAGCCUAUCCGUACCUAUGCUGGGAAUGCGGCAAGAAGUUCAGGCAUGGCGUGACUCUAACCCGACAUGUGGAACGUGUGCAUCAGUCCGGCAUGCCAGUCAUCGAGAAACCCUCCCCGACGUUCGCCUGCAGCCAGUGCGGAAAGACCUUCACUUCCAGGAGGUGCCUCCUGAAACACGACAACUUCCAUCACAAGGGCUUCCGCUUCCCAUGCGAGUACUGUGGAAAGGGAUUCUUCGGCAAAGACGCGUUGGUGCGACAUACGCUGAUUCACACGGGUGAGCGGCCGUUCCAGUGCGACAACUGUGACAAGUCUUUCAGGUCUGCUUCCGAGCUGAAGAUCCACCGGCGAUACCACACUGGCGAGCGGCCGUUUAAGUGCACCAUCUGUGAAAAGGGCUUUGUGCAGUCCUGCUUUCUCACCCUGCAUAUGCGCACGCACACCGGUGAGAGGCCAUAUGUCUGUGCUGUGUGCAGCAAAGGUUUUUCAAGCUUCCAUGGCCUGAAAAGGCACAAAAGGCUUGUUCAUGCAUAGAUCUGUUAAUAUUUAUUCCCUUAGAAGGUUUCAGUUCACCGCCCCGCUGUUGGCCGAGUUCAGAAGAAGACCUCUCUGCGUUUGACGUUACAGUUGGGGCGGAUGACAAUUUGGAAAUGUGAAACCAAAGCCCUUUUCAAACAUGCAGGAUGUAACAUUACAGGCAUUGAUGUUUGUGACCAGACUGUGCUUAGACUUAACUAUUUAUUUUUUUUUUUAUAUUUAUUUUUUUUUUAUCCAUGAAGAGCUGGUGUUUGUCAUCAGGUAGAUGACAGUUGUAAUUGCAGGCAAUAAUGUAUGAGAUAAACAAUUUACUGCAAUAGCCGGGGCGUGCUGUGUCCAAAAGUUUACCUGUCGUCACUACAGUCUGUUAUACGCCGUACGGAAAAGGUGUGCUGUGGUAAAGCUGAGUGCACGUUUGCCGGCAGAACUCAUGUGGAACAAGUUUACCAGCUACUUCAAGGCUCCCUAAUAAAGUCUCUAAUGUGCAGAACAGUUGUUCGUUUUUUUUUUUUUUUUUUUUUUGAAGAAAAAAUGCAUUUUUGAAAGGGCAUGUGUCCUGAAGGAAGGUUCCCUUAAGGAAUGUUGGGAACAGUGACAUUGUACAGUGCACUAUAACAUUGUAUCUUGUAUUUUUUACAAAAUGUUUAUUGUAGUUCUACAUAUUUGUAUGUAUAUAAAUGAUAUUAAAAAAA